AUGUUAAAGGAGUACGGUAUGGAGAAUUGUAGACCAGUUUCAGUGCCACUGACUCCUGGUUUUCAGAGUAAUUGUGAAGGUGAAUGCAGGAAAAUAGAUCCCACCGAAUACCAAUCUUUGAUCGGUUCCCUGCUUUACUUGGCUCUGACAACUCGCCCUGAUAUACUCCAUUCAGUUACCAAGCUUUCGCAAAGAAAUGCGGAUCCACACUUAGAACAUUGGACAGCAGCAAAACACAUUCUAAGAUAUUUAAAAGGUACUAAAGAUAUGAAACUUCACUUUAGUUGUGGAAAUGGCAAACUCAUUGGUUACGCAGAUGCUGAUUGGGGAGGAUGUACUACAGAUAGGAAGUCAUAUUCUGGAUCAGUAUUUUUUAUUGGAAAUUGUGUGAUUUCUUGGGAAUCCAAGAAACAAGAUAUUGUCGCUUUGAGCAGUACCGAAGCAGAGUAUGUUUCAACUUCUAACGCAUCGAAGGAAGCUGUAUAUUUAAGUCGAUUACUUCACGAACUGGGAUUUCUGCAAGAAAACUGCGUUCCUAUCAAUGUCGACAAUCAAGGUGCUUUGCAAUUGGCAUAUAACCCGGUUCAUCAUAAACGGACAAAACAUGUGGACAUCAAAUACCAUCACAUAAGAGAUUUAAUAAAAUCAAAUACAAUAAAAUUGGUUUAUUGUCCAACGAAUGAUAUGGUUGCCGACAUAUUUACGAAAAACCUAGCAAAGUCGAAACAUCAAAAAUUUGUCAGUCUAAUCAAUUUGAAGUAA